GUCAACCACCAUGCACAUUUUGUCGAGAUUAAACGUCUCUCCACCAGACUGGAACGUUGUAGGGGGCCUAUGAUGGCAUUCAGAAGGAUUACAUUUAUCGGUCACGACGCAUCUAAGCAUACCUUCACCGUGCAAUACUACCAAAAUCGUGCGGACUUUGAGACAGAAGAAAGAGGCGAGGAAACGAAACCUCGAGUUCCAUCUACUUCCAUCUGUCGCCCUCAGCCCUUAUCUCCGGCUUGUCAAGUUGGAUGGAUCUUAUAUCAGCUUGAGAGAAUACGCGCUUACAACAACUCGAAGCAAGAAGAGGCCAAGGAGAAGGAAGUAGAGAUUUCGAGGAACGAAUUUUUACAGGUACGACUCGACGCGAAGAAUGAAGUGGAGGCCAAAUAUAUACCAAAGACUGUGAUCAGUAACACGGCGGCCAACUCUUUUUUGCACUGGUCACUAUUCCUCGGCACACGCCCGCAAAAAGUCCUCAUUUCCCGAGAAACUGGUUUGAUAAGUUCUGUGGAAUCCAGUCCCCCACUGAGAGGAGAUAAACCUUUCCUGGGUGGUUCAGAUGUCACUCCUUUUAGAUUGACGCCCAAUAUUCAAGAUUUCAUUACACCGAUUGGUGUCGAAGGACUACUGACAUCCAGCCUAUUGGCCAUUUCAAGAGGUCUCUUGGAACCAGAAUGUGAUGUGCAAAAGCAAAUGUGGCUCCUAAUCCGAGACGACUUUAUGCUGUGGUUCAAGACACAAGCGCGAGAUCCUGCCAGCAAUGAACGUCUCGAAUUCAGAGUUUGCGUGGCCGAGUCCAUCGAAAGGAUCAUCAAAAGGAUGAGCCAGCUAUCAGCCAGUAAUGAGAGAGCCAAAGCUCAGGCCGCUGAAGGCACCUCCUCCUUGCCCACGACCACUGUCGUCGCUCCAAUUCAGCAACUCAUCAAUACAGCCACAAAUCCAGCGAUCCAAUCGCGGAACCAUGACCUCUAUUACCCCUGGUUCUGA